AGAACAACAACAAGAAACAUUCAUGGGAGCUCAAAGCAACAAGCCUCUUCCAACAUUAAGACAUCUUUUCGAUCAAGAUCCAUAUAGCAACAAAAGCUUUAGCUUCAACAAUGAUCUCGAAGAGGAAGUUCUUUCCAUAAUUUCGUUCUGCACCGCCACGACGAGCCAGUCUGCACCGGCUUCUCGUGAACUGAAACGGUUCAAGCUCACUCAUCUUUUCUACGUCGUCAAGACUUCAAAGAAUAUACUGCACGACGAUGUUUUAUCGUCCCUGCUAGCUUUAGUGUCGGCUAAUCUAUUCCGACCGCUCCCGCCACCGUGCACGACUGCAAUCAGCUCAAAUGUAGCUGAUGAUGAAGUGGUCAUUCCCAUUCCUUCUCUAACAUGGCCACAACUUGAAAUUGUUUAUGAUAUGCUGUUAUGGCUACUCAUCAACGUUGAUCCACAAACACUUGAAAAACAUAUAGACAACAGAUUUCUUCUUGGUCUUCUAUCACUUUUCGAUUCGGAGGAAACGAGGGAACGAGAGAGUUUGAAGAACAUAUAUCACCAAAUCUAUUACAGAUUCACCAUGUACAGAUCGUUCAUGCGCAAGGCGAUGAGCACGGUGUUCUUAGACUAUAUUUUCGAGACGGAGCGGCAUAACGGUAUUGCAGAGAUGCUUGAGCUAUGGGGGAGCAUAAUUAAUGGUUUUGCAGUUCCUUUGAAGGAAGAACAUAAAGUUUUUCUGAAAAGGAUACUGAUUCCACUGCAUAAGGCCAAAGGAAUGCAAGGUUUCAACAAGCAGCUGGCUUACUGUGUGUAUCAGUUCGUGCAUAAGGAGCCUGAGCUUGGUGGGUUGGUUGUGAGGAGGAUCAUGAGGUACUGGCCGCUGGCUAAUAGCCAGAAGGAGCUAAUACUCAUUGAGGAGUUGGAGGAUUUGGUGGAGAAAUUGGAGCCUAAACUACAUAGGGAUUUGGCUAUGCCAUUUUGUUCUCACAUGAACAAAUGUUUCAACAGUUUGAACUCUCAGGUGGCUGAACGAGCACUAUACAUAUGGAAUAGCGAAGCAUUCGUGAAGAUGGUGUCGACAGCCAUGGACGAAGUGUUUCCAGUAAUCAUACAAGGAAUGGAAGAGAUUGUUCAUAGCCAUUGGAACGACAACGUCAAGGAAUUGGCUCACAAUGUGGAGGCUUUACUUCAAGAAAUGAAUCCAUUUCUGUACCAUAAAAUCCUACACAAAAAUGGGUUUCAAUAACACAAGCAACCCAAGCUCAGAGACUGUAAUGGCUGCACCAAAAACAAAGUGGAAGAAAAAACUCCCAUGUAAAAUGGAUCAAAUAACUCACUUUUACCAUUUCACACCAAGAAUCUCUCUCAAAAACUUCACUCAGCAGCAAAGGGCAAGAUGAUUCAGUACAAACAUGAUAUGGUUUGAACAAA